AUGCAUACAAUCAUGGUCCAAGUCCUCUGGGGCUGUUUCCUCCUGUGGAAUCUCAACAUGGCAUCUUCUCAGACCAUUUACCCUGGAAUCAAGGCAAGGGUGACCCAGCGGGCCCUGGACUAUGGCAUUCAAGCUGGGAUGGAGACAAUUGAACAAAUGAUCAUGGACAAGAGCAUCCCAGAUUUAAAAGGUUCUGAAUCUCUUGAAUUUCUGAAGGUUGAUUAUGUCAACUACAAUUUUUCAAACAUCAAAAUUAAGGCCUUUUCAUUUCCAAAUACUUCAUUAACAUUUGCGCCUGGAGUGGGAAUCAAAGUGCUCACCAAUCAUGGCACCGCCAAUGUCAGCACAGACUGGGAAGUCAAGUCUCCACUUUUCCAAGAUGCAGGAGGAGCUGAUCUGUUUCUCUCCGGAGCCUUCUUCACUGGUAUCCUUAUCCUGUCUCGAAAUGACUUUGGUCACCCAAUCCUGAGGCUCCAAGACUGCCAAGCUCAAGUAAGCCACGCCCACGUCUCAUUUUCUGGAGAACUCAGUGUCCUGUAUAACUCCUUUGCUGAGCCCAUGGAGAAACCCAUUUUAAAGAACUUAAAUGAAAUGCUCUGUCCCAUGAUCACCAACGAAGUUGAAGCAUUAAAUGGCAAUCUCAGCAUGCUGGAGGUUCUAACCAAGAUCAACAACUAUACUCUGCUGGAUUAUUCCCUAAUUGAUGUUCCAGAAAUCACUGAGAACUACAUUGACCUGAAUUUGAAGGGCACAUUCUAUCCAUUGGAUAACCUCACCGACCCCCCCUUCUCGCCAGUUCCAUUUGUGCUCCCUGAACGCAGUGACUCUAUGCUCUACAUCGGCAUCGCAGAGUAUUUCUUUAAAUCUGCAUCCUUUGCUCACUUCGCAGCUGGGGCUUUCGAUGUCACUCUCUCCACUAAAGAGAUCUCCAAUCAUUUUGUUCAAAACUCCCAAGGCCUUGGCAACGUGCUCUCCCGGAUUGCAGAGAUCUACAUCUUGUCCAAGCCCUUCAUGGUCAGGUUCAUGGCAAAAGAGCCUCCUAAGAUCAAUUUACAAAAGGGUAACUUCACCCUGGACAUCCCUGCCUCCAUUAUGAUGCUCACCCAACCCGAGAACUCGACUGCUGAAGCCAUUGUUUCCAUGGACUUUGUUGCUAGUACCAGUGUCGGCCUGGUUAUUUUGGGACAAAGACUAGUCUGCUCCUUAUCUCUGAACAGAUUCCGCCUAUCUUUGCCAGAGUCCAGUCGCAGCAACAUUGAGGUCUUGAGGUUUGAGAAUAUUCUAUCUUCCCUUCUUCACUUUGGCGUGCUGCCACUGGCCAAUGCAAAAUUGCAACAAGGAUUUCCUCUGCCCAACCCACACAAAAUCUCAUUUGUCAAUUCAGAUAUCGAAGUUCUCGAGGGUCUCCUUUUGGUUUCCACCGACCUGAAGUAUGAACAGAACUUAAAGCAGCAGCCAAAUGUCCAUAGCUGGGAAGAUUUGAACCUGAUAAAUGGAUACUGGAGUGGGAAGUCAGCCCCUUGA